GGGUUGUCAAGAAUGCCUUAGAACUGUGAAAACAGCCAGCCCAGAUCAGGGAGUUGUAGAUGCUGAGCCUCCCACCAGCCACAAGCCAGUCACAUCACCAAGUGUGUGUGUGAAAGAGAGAGCGAGAGAGUGUGAGGGAAGUGUGUACAGUGGAGCGGCGGAGCAACCUUGGAGCACACACACACACACACACACAGACAGACAGACAGGGAGACACGCGGCCACAGGAAGUCGUCCUUCCUCACCCGUUGGACUGAGGAGAGACAGGCGUCAAGCUGACAGACCCAGACAGACCCAGACAGACUCCUGAGGUGGAUGUGCAGGAAGAGGAUGUGCAUCUAAAAGCCAGUCUUCUGAAGAGGAUACCUCCACAACAGCGACGCGCACAGACAGCUCUCUAAAGGGACAACCUCCCAACAUCUCAACCAAGAGCUUGACUCGAGGGCUGUGUGACUUGAAGUCUGUACAGUGUGUGCGGGUGUGGAGAGUGUGUGUCCCCUGUCAUGGAUCAGCCGGCCAGCAGCUGCAUGCGCAGCUCCCACCCCGGCAGCCCAAUCUGGGGGUGCGUGAGGAACCCUCACUCGGGGGUCCCCGGCGCGGGCCUCCAGACCCCCUACCAGCAGACCUCCUUCUCCCUGCACCAGAAGCCCGAGUUCCUGGCCUAUACGGACUUCUCCACCUCCUGCCUGGUGCCGGCGCCCCAUGCCGCCUACCCUCGUGACGACAGACUCUACCAGGAGCCUCACGGAGGGGGUUUCCAGCACGCCGACUGGCAGUUCCCCAUCUGCGAGGCGCGGGGCAGGGGGCAGGAGGCCUGUCCGGCCGGCCCCGUGGCUGUGGGGGGCGUAGGGGGGGAGAUGGACAGCGUGGGGGGCGACAGGCUGCCAGGGGCAGCGCCCGGGGGUCUGGAGGGGGAGUACUCGCCGCAGAGCGUGGCGUCGUCAGCCGAGACAGAGAAGAAGAACUCCAAGAGGAAGAGGGACACGACAGACAUCCAGGACUCCAGCUUCAAGGUCGACUCGAACUGCAAAGCGAGGAAGGAGCGCACGGCGUUUACCAAAGAGCAGCUCCGGGAGCUGGAGGCAGAGUUCACCCACCACAACUAUCUGACCAGGCUGCGGCGGUACGAGAUAGCAGUCAACCUGGAUCUCACAGAGAGACAGGUGAAAGUGUGGUUCCAGAACAGAAGGAUGAAGUGGAAGAGAGUGAAAGGAGGACAACCAGCUUCCCCUAAUGACCUGGAGACGGACGACGUAGACUCGGCAGCGUCGCCCAGCUCGGAGUGAUCUGGAGCCCAGGCAUGCCCACCUCAACUGGACAUCAACCCCUCACCUCUCUGGGCAGUUAGCCAACAGGAACAGAGCAUUUCUAAAGGACUCUUCCCCCCCCCCCCCCCCAGUCACCUCUGGACGAAUCUCUUUGUGUCUCUUAUUGUAAAUACUGAAGUGGCCGUUCAGUCAAAAUUAAAUGUCUUUUACAUUCAAAGUAUUUUGUGUAAAUUCAAUUGCAGGAUGUUAGACUGAGUUGGAGAGGAGUGAAAACAAUCAUAACAUUUAAAUGUUUCAGGGCAGAGAGUAGUGAUAGCUUUUAGAUUUGUGAUAACAUGUCAGGUUUGUGAUUUUAUUGUGUUUGAGAACAUCUUCGCAGAUGGCAUAUAGUAAUCAUGGCCUUUGACGCUUGACUAAAACCACCUGCAAAAUUCAAACCGUUUCAGUAUUGCCAAACCAUAAGUGCCUCGAGAUCAGAUUUUUUUUAAGGUUGUGCUGUCAGGUUUUCCUUGAAUAUACUUUUCCUGUCAAACAAGUUUUUUUGUACUUUUCUUUUCUAUGUUUGAAAGAUAUUGAUAAUACACAGAUGUUGCUUCUUGGAAUCUGCAAAAGAAUAAA